AUGGCUUCUGAGAGUAUUGAAAAGAGAUUCAAGAGUGAGCUGUUCAAAAGUUAUGAAGAAAGCAAGAAAUAUCAUAUCCCAAAGGCUGAGUACUACAGAAGGAUAAACAGCAUUAAAUUUUCAUCAGCAAAUAGACAUAUGAAGAGUAGAAGUGACUAUUAUCUUCUGUCCAAUUACUCCAUGGUCUGGCUGCAGAAGGAGCCAGAACAUGGGGUAACAGAGACUACAAAUGAGCCACUCCUGUAUUAUGUAACUAUUGAGGAGACUUUUGACGUCAUCAAACGUGUUCAUAUUGCAACAGGACAUGGUAGGCGUGACCGCAUGAUUAAGGAGUUAAAACGAAAAUAUGCCAACAUCACAACAAAGGCCUUGGAGCUCUUCAAAUCACUGUGUGAGGAAUGUCAGAAGAAAAGGAAAAGACCAAUGACCAAGGGUGCUGUGGUGCGUCCUAUCCUCAGCAAGGAAUUGGCAUCUAGGGGCCAGGCUGAUUUGAUUGACAUGCAAACAAUGCCACACUCCAACUUUGAAUGGAUCAUGGUGUACCAAGACCAUCUCACCAAAUUCUGCAUUCUUCGUCCUCUUCAAAGCAAACAUGCUGCAGAGGUUGCCUUCCAGCUUGUAGAUGUCUUCCUUCUCAUGGGUGCCCCUGCUGGUCUUCAAAGUGAUAAUGGCUCAGAGUUCACAUCCAGGGUGAUUACUGAGCUAAAAGAAAUAUGGCCAAGUGUCACCAUGGUUCAUGGGGAGCCCCGUCAUCUACGAAGUCAGGGUUCUGUGGAACGUGCGAAUGGUGGCAUUAAGGAUAUGUUAGUUACCUGGCUUGCAGACAAUAAUUCACAAGAAUGGUCAGUUGGUAUCAAGCUUGUUCAGUUUCAGAAAAAUGCUGCUCACCAUUCAGGGAUAAAGUGCUCUCCAUACUCUGCUAUGUUUGGUUGUGAAGCCAGAGUUGGCCUGACUUCUUCACCUGUACCCACAGAAGUUGUCUCAAGGUUGGAGAGUAAGGAUGAUCUCACAGCAGUUAUGUCAGAUGAUAAAACAACAACAACAGGUUCUGCUGCAAGUUCUACUGGUUCAGUGACCAUUAGCGAAGCGACAACAAGUGACAAUAAUGAUUUUUUGACCAUUGAAGUGACCGAGUCACUUUCUGUUGAUGCCAUUGUUCAAAUUCCUCAGAUCACCAAGACUAAAUUCAGAAACGUAGAGCAGAAGCAUACAAAGGCUGUGGAUCGUGGUAGAGGAGAUCCGCGGAAUAUCCUGGGUGUUAUUGUCAGCAGAGAUUUGGACAAUGACCAGUAUCAGAUCGCUGUGAAGUCGGGUGUUCUAAAGUUUGACCUCUACCCCCAGUGUUUGCUGACAGAAGAUGACAUAAAUCAGGAUACUGCAGUGUCACUUCCAGAAGCUGUUAUUGCACAAUCUGCAUGUGGUGGUCAGGGAUUCACUAGAUGCAACUGUAGUGGUCUGAAGAAAUGUUCAACUAACAUAUGUCUCAAGGUUUACAAGUUCACGAGAUCCGAGUCAAAGUUGCCUCACAACUUUAACGAUUUCUGGAUUGAAACUCCCUCUGAGACCCAAUGGCUUUACCGUUCCCAACUGCAAACUUUUUCUGCUCCUUCCCUAUAUAAUAUGAGUUUUGACAUUUUGCAGAAGUAA